UCCUGUCGCAGACACAUCCGAGAUGAAGAUCUUUCUGAUUAUCUGCCUGGCCUCCGGUCUGGCUUCUUCAGAGAAGCUGAACAGGAGUUACCUUCCACCACCAAGGUCCAAAUACUCAGGGGGUACUCCAGGAGACAUCGAUGUACCUCUCGAGUUUCCCAAGCAAACACCUACAGGAAUACCGCAAACUGGAAAACCUGAAAUAGAACUUGGCAUCGAUGGACGACCAGCCCCAAAGGGGCCACUAGAUAGUCAGAAACCUGGAUUUACCUACGUCCAAAAUUCUUAUCCUGUCCCUAAGACUACUACGUCUUAUGCUAUAACUCAGACCACUACUUUCCCCGCUGGCUACGAAGGCUUAGAUCAGCCUAAUACUUUCGUAAAUGGCUCAUAUAUUCAACCAGGUGUAUCAGGACAGCCAAUUAGGGGACCAGGACGAGGACAACAACAAUAUCGGCCGGGACAGAGUCAGUCUACUGUAGCUCCUUACGGAACUACGGCACGACCACCGUUCCCAAAUAAUUUCAAUGGCCUGGAAUAUUUGCCACCAGUGAGCAAUAAGCAAUUUCCUGGCCAAGUGAGUUCCAACCAAGAUGGCUCUGGUUAUCUAUCUGAUCUGCCUUUUGGAACUAAAUAUCAAAACGGACAAGUCCCAGUGAAUCUGCCAGACUUCAAUCAACAGAACCAAUUUGUAGGCAACCAGAAUAUACCUUCGACUGUAGCACCUAAAUAUCAAAAUGAAAGAUUUGGACCUGGAUCUCAUCAAGGCCAGGAACAUUUUGUAAGAAGCCAGAUUCCUUCAUCUACAGCGGCCCCUCAAUAUCAAAUUGGUGAGAGAUUCACUACUCCUCAGCAGAACCAAUUUUUAGGAAAUCAAAACUAUCCAUCAUCAACUGCUGCUCCUCAGUACCAAGGUGGUCAAAGGUUGACAACCCCUGGAGCAAACCAGCAAAACAAAUUUACAAGAUAUCAGGAGUUUCCAUCAUCAACUACGGCACCAAAAUUCCAAACUGGGCAAGGAAUAAUAACUCCUGGACUAAACCAGCAAGUAUUUGGAUCCCGAAUUCCUGUCCAGAGUCAAUACAUUGGAAGUCAGUCUACUGCAGCACCUACGCCUGGAUCGAUUCAACAGAACCAAUAUCCAGGAAGUGAAAACUACCCUUCAACUGCAGCCCCGAACUAUCAAGACGGACAACAUUUUACGACUCCCGGUCAAAUUCAAGGAGGACUAAUACCUGGCCAGCAACCUUUUGGCUCUCGUGUGCAUGAUAACCAAAGUAUACCUUCGUCUACCGUUGCUCCUCAACUCCAAGACGGCCAACGUUUUAUUACACCAGGAUACUCCACCCCCGGAUAUGUCCAAGAAGGCUAUGGAUCUUCGGUGCCUUCGGAGGAAAAUCAGUAUAAGUAUCCAGAAAGUCAAAAUAUACCAUCAUCCACAAUACCACAAUAUCAAUCUGGCCAGCAAUUUACUGGUGGUCAGAAUUUCCCAUCAACUGCUGCUCCAGACUACCAAAAUGGACAACGAUUCACAACCCCUGACCAAUAUCAAGGACAAUUAGUUUCUCAACAACAGUCUGGAUCUCCUAACCAAGGUCAACCUAUGGGCAAUCAGAACUACCCAUUAUCAACCGUUGCCCCUCAGUACCAAGACAGUCAACGUUUUUCGACUCCUGGUUCUCAACAAAUAUUUGGAUCUCCUCAACAGAAUCAAUAUGGAAAUCAGAACUUCUCGACUUCAACCGCUUCUCCUCAAUACCAAGACCAACGUUUCUCUACCCCUGGUCUAUCCAACCAGCCUUCUUAUCCUGGGUCCACCGCUGCCCCGCAAUAUCAGCAAACAUUAGCGCCUUCUCCAGGAACCAAUCAGCAAGGGAUACCGAGCCGGCCGGUCUACAAUCAACAGUUCCCAUCUUCGACAUCAGCACCUCAACGUUUUAUUCCCGGCUCUCAACCCCAGUUCGGUACUAACAUUCCUACGCCUGGAACAGAGGUAGCUUUUCCACAACAAGGAUUACCUGGCAGUGGUACUUAUGGUAGUACCCAACAGCCUCCAACCGAAUCAGGUUCCAUCUAUGGAACUGCUCCAAGCUUCUCCAAUCAAAGAUUUCCGAGUACAACUGUUGGAACUUACCCAGCCGACAAUUUUGCUUCUACACCUGGUUUUGGACCUAUUAUUGGACAGAGACCUGAACGCCCUCAGGCCGAGAGUGAUAGAAACGCGGAGAUUUUAUCUUAUGAAAAUGUACUUACUCCCGAAGGUUACUUCUACAGUUAUGAUACAUCCAAUGGUAUUCAUGCUGAUGAGAUUGGUGAAGUAGGUAAUGGCACUAGAGCGCAAGGAGGCUUCAGCUACACUGGCGAUGACGGAAAAGUGUAUACCGUCGUUUAUACGGCUGAUGAGAAUGGUUUCCGACCUCGUGGUGAUCAUUUGCCGACCCCGCCACCAAUUCCAGAAGCAAUCCAACGAGUUAUCGAUCAAGCAAACUUGGAUAAGGAAGCCGGAAUCGAUGAUGAUGGUUCUUACAAUGAAGAAAAAUACGGAUACAUGAAAUAUGAAGGUCCAUUAAAACAGUUUAAGGCAAAGAACAGGACUGUAUCUUUAAUUAAUGGAGCAGAUAUUCCGGAAAGUAUUGAAGAUGGUAGUGAUGGACAGAACAGAAAGGUAUUUAGACCCAAAGGUAGUCGGCCAAGUUCAAUCGCAGGAAGUACAGAAAACUUAGACAAAACCGAUAUAAAUGAAUCCGAUUUAGAAUAUGUUGACAUGGACAAUCAAAAUAAUAAGGAAGGUAAUAGGCAUCCCAGUGCUAAAAGACCGAAACCUAUUAAAAAUCUGACCGUCGAAGAAAAUAGGUCAAACAGAUUAAAAGGAAAACAUACAACAAUGAAACUCGACGUUCACUCGAAUAAAGAUAAUUCCGGUCAUCCGAUAUCAAGUGGUGAAUAUGAAGAUAAAGCAUCAGAUGAAGAGUUUGGUGAAACUGGGGACAACGAUGAUCUACAAGAUUCUGAUGAGUUCGACUUUGAUUCAGAUUUGGUAAACUACAGAGAUGACCCUAAUAACAGAACUGAUUUCCACGGCCUGAACAAGUAUCUCCCGGAAUCCAAGAAAAUUAACAGGAAAAAUCAAUCUGGUAAAAAACGACCAACUGUGCGAGUUGAUGGUAUCAAGAAACCUGCUGUGACUGAGACAGAUGAAGAUAUUUAUAACAAAGAUAACCAGGAUAAUAAUCCUGACUUUGAAGAUAAAUCACACACUCGCAUCCCAUCCAGGAAAAACAAAUUUGAACAGAAAGUGAAAAAUCAGUCCAAAAUUACCGGUCAAACGGUACCGCUUGAUAGUGACGAUGAAAUCAAUACGUACGAUGACGACGAAAUUAGCGAAAAUGAAAAAUAUGAUUCUGAUGGUGUCCCUAAGUCAGUCAGCCAGAACAGUAAAAUUAAACCGGCAACUUCUGAGUCAGAACAUAAAAUUUCCGGUAAGCCUAAGCGACCGACUGCAAACCAAGAGGCAGGAAUUUCUAACAAUAAAGAGAACGCCUCACCAUCAAACGAAGACACUGGUUACGAAUAUACUCCACCGCAACGCAAGUUCGGCUCAGAAGAGGCCACCAAGUUUCCAUCAAGAACUAACCAAAAGGGAGUACAGACAACUGUGCGACCUUUCUUAACUAAAAACGUUUAUGGUGAUGACGAACCUACUGAUGACUAUAUCGACCAAUACGGUAACGUUCAACAUGGUAAAUCAAGACGCCCAAUGGUUCCUCAGAAAUACCCUGGUUAUAACCAGGACAGUGACAGGUAUGGCCAGAAAAACCUCGAAGAGAAUCAGGUUAUAGGGUUCUCUACAACUAAGAGACCCAUAUCAUUCGAAACUCGACGACCUUUUGGAAGGCCACAAACCACAGUGACUCCGCAAUAUCAGCAAGGCGUAACUGGGCAGGAAGGUGAGAGUUACAACCCUGAAUUAAAUCAAAAUCAAGUAUUCUCGACAACCAGGAGACCUGUAUACGGAACUUCUCAGCGACCUUUUGGAAGACCACAGUCCACUGUAGCGUCUCAAUAUGAAGACCAAGGAGCAACUGGUCAGGAAGGAGACAGUUAUAGCCCUGAAAUAAAUCCAAAUCAAGGAUUCUCCACAACGAGGAGACCUGUCUCAUAUGGCACUUCUCAGCAACCUUUUGGAAGACCACAGUCUACUGUACCACCUCAAUACCAAGAUCAGGAAGUAACUAGUCAGGUGUACAAUGAACCUUCCAACCAGGGAUCUCAAAGGCCCGGUGAUAAACUAUUCUAUAACACUAACGCUCCUAAUAGAGGAACGGUCGAUAAUGUUAUCAGCAACACAACACCGUUGCCACCAUCAGGACCAGACUCCAUAAAAUAACGACCAGGACAAUAUCAGAACCGACCUACUGGUCCAUAUUACGAAACAUCACCUACUGGAGAAACCUACAUUAGACCUGGUUCAAACAAAUCUGGUCAAGUACCUAGUACAACUUAUAGACCAAACUAUAGCUUUGGAGAUAGGACAAGUCCUGUAUUAGUUGAUGGCUCCGGAAGACCGAUUCAAAGUACCACCGCUCCUGGUUUUGACCGGACUCUAAAACCUGUAUACUCAGUAAGACCUAAUGGUGACUUAAAACAAGAUGGAUUCAGUCCAAAUGCAGGGCGUUUUGGAGUGACCUCUGGCCCUGAAACUUCUGGAUAUCAAUCUACUUCAUCACCAAUCGGUGAAGAUUUCAGUGGCCCGAAGCAACCCCAAAGAUUUGAUCCCCAAACUGGAUACCAUUAUAAAUAAACGACUUGUUGACUAUUUAAAGAUUGUAUCAACACGGCUAUUACGAAAUAAAAUGUUAUUUUGA